AGAUUGAAAGUUCUUCAGGGUGAUACCACAAAGAAGGAUAAUUUUCGAUCAAUUCAAUCCAUUUUUUGCAACAUAAAAUAUCAUGUCAGUUGAAGCAUUGUCUGGCAAAGUCUUCUUGCUUGUGACUGGCGCCAGUCGCGGCAUCGGUCGGCAAAUUGCAAUAACAUUUGGUUCUCUAUUGCAAGAAGGUUCGCAUAUUCUGUUAUUGGCAAGAAACUUAAAUGCUUUACAAGAAGUAGCCAGGAGUAUACCCUCUAAAGUUACAGUUGAUGCCGUUAGCAUAGAUCUAAGUAAGUCGACCAAAGUUACAUUGGAAGAAACUAUAUCAUGUUCUCUGAACAAAGCUACUCCAGAUUCAUUUGACCGAGUGGUUUUGAUACACAAUGUAGGCACAUUUGGUGAUGCCUCCAAAGUUGCAAACGAAUUGACGGACUUGAAUAUCUGGCGGGAAUAUUAUGAUCUAAACGUUUUCAUUCCCAUCGUUCUAAAUGCAGUAGUUAUGAAUAUGUUUAAUAGAUUAACAAAUAUUAAGAAAGUGGUUAUCAAUCUCACGUCUUUUUACGCUACUGAAGCAGGCUAUGGUUGUGCCUUUUAUAGCACAUCACAAGCAGCACGAGAGAUGUUUUUCAAGGUCUUCACUUUAGAAAAUCCUGACGUCGAUAUAUUAUCUUACUCAGCAGGGGUCGUUGAAACAGAUAUGCUUUAUGAGGUGUCUGAAAACUUAGUCGAUCUCAAUAGUAAAAAGCAAUAUAAAGAAUUGUUAGCAACGAAAACUGCAUUGACUCCGGAACAAACGGUUAAUCGUCUCGUGGAAAUCUUACGAAAGCAUAAAUAUAAAUCAGCCGAUCACGUGGAUUAUUAUGACAAAUUGUAAAAGGUUGAUACUUAAUUUUUCAACGAGUGACUUUCUUUGUUCUUUCUUUAAAUAUUCCCUGUAUCUUCAAAAUAU